AAAAUCCACGCUGCUGCUUCUAUAUUUGCCUAUUAGAGUUUGUGGUGCUGCUCCCCCUCCCCCACCUGUAGUAACAGCUCAGACACGAAGAAGAAGAGAAAAAUGAAGAAAAAAGCCGAGCACCCGCUCUUGGUCGCAGCAACCAGAAGCAAAACUUUAAAGCUCUUUGCGCGCCCAAGAGAAGAGGGUUCGUCGCCUACUAGUUGGUUGUUUCAGCUAAAGAUCUGGCAAGAAAAGAAACCGCGCCGUCGUGCGACGUCCGCCGUCGCGUGUACUAUCAGUUUUCAAUUUGCGCUCCGCGAAGAUACACGUACAAUUGGGUUUGGGAGGCGCGAAAAUUUUUGGAAAAGAAAUUACACGAUUUUUGAGGAGUGGAAAUCGAAAAAAAAAUUCAGGAAAAAAUCAGUUGAGUGUUUUGGAAAGUGAAUAUUCGACAAGUUUUCAAAUAUUAAAAAAUGUGGCUCAUCAAGCUGCUGGUCCUGCUGCAGACGGUGCUGCUGGCGGUGGGCGGCCUGUCCCGGUACGCCCAUCCGGCCGUGCUGGAAAACGACGCCCAGGAGGCGCUGCUGCCGGACUAUCUGCGCAAUCCGUUCUACCGGACGCCGCGGGUGGCAAACGCGCUGGCCCGCUUCAGCUGGUUCGGCCCGGGCGAGGAACCGGUCCGGGAGCGCCACGCCGAGAAGAUCUCCCGGGCGGACAUCUACAGCGUGCUGACCCACGCCGGAUUCGUGCCACGGCGGUUCCACGGGUUCAAUCAUCACUCGUAAGGGAAUUUGGAAGGAUUGUGGAUUAAUUUUGGAGUCGCGUCAACUUUCUGUGAAUUUGACAACACUGCUGUCAAAAUGACGUUUGGCUACACGCUCAUUCGACAACACUUAAAAUAAUCAAAGUUUAAUUUGUGAAGCCCAAAAAUCGUGUAGGUGCUUUAGUUAAGCUGUAGAAUGUGUCCAACUUUUGAAGCAACUGCCAAAAAUGGGUUAUUUUUUAGUAGCAAUGUAAAUAGACAGCGUUUAGCGCCAGUUAGUUUCAAAAUAGCCAUUUAGACGAUAAAUUGUUCUGUUAUUUUCUGUUUAGGGUAAAAUCAAACUUUAGCCUAGCCCCUAGCGUAAAUCUAGCGUUAAGUAAGACCCACAAUGUUUCGUGAGCGAGUGCGCGUGAAAAUCGGUACCCGAAAAUUUGCAGUUUGAUCGACUCGAAUUAAUUUUAAGCAUUCGCACCAAAUUUCUACUCUCCAGGUCUGCAACAAAAAGGUGUUCAAUGCCUCUGUUACAUAUUUGUAAAUUUGCAAACAAUCAACAAACCAAUUGUUGCACAAUGACGUAAAAGCGACCGAAAUAAAUAUGGGAGGGAGGAAAAGAGGGUGAUUUCAAGAGAGUUAUCUUACUUUUCAGCAGCUCGACUUAAAACUCUGUGAAACAAUCGUUCAACGAGCUCUGAGAAGAAACACACAAAAAAAGAACAGUGACCAAUAAAUUGAAUGGUUAUUAUAGGC